AUGAGGCUGACCGCUUUGUUUCCUUUGAUUUGUAUCGCUUUCGGAUGCGUUUGGUCCCAGCCAGCGGGAUAUCCAAGUGCCCGUCCCCCAUCCACUUAUUUGCCAGCCAAGCCACCAGCUCCACCACCACGUCCCCCUCCACCACCGGCAAAUAGCUAUGGUCCACCUAAGAAUGGCAACGGAAAGCCACCACCUGCUCCACCCAAACCUAAUAACAGCUAUGGGCCACCACCUAAAAAUGGCAAUGGAAAGCCUCCACCUAAACCCGGAAAUGAGUACUUACCACCAGGCAAUGGCAAUGGAGGUUCUUCAGGAGGCGGUGGAGAAGGAGGAUCUUCAGGGGGUGGAGAGGUUAUUCCUAUCAUUAAGCUGGAGUCCAUGGUGAACACGGAUGGCUCUUAUAAGUACGAAUACGAAACUGGAAAUGGGAUCAAGGCGGAGGAAAUGGGUUACCUAAAGAACGCCGGAGUAAAAGGCGAAGAGGCACAGGUGGCGGAGGGGUCAUUCUCGUACACCAGUCCCGAGGGAGAUGAAAUCUCGCUGACCUACAUUGCCGAUGAGAACGGAUUCCAGCCGCAGGGCGAUCACCUGCCCACACCGCCACCCAUCCCCAUCGAGAUUCAAGAGGCCUUGGACAAACUGGCCGCAGGUGGAGGAUGCCACGGCUGCGAUGACAAUGAGACGGGUGGCAAUGAUGAUAGUGGUGGUAAUGGAGGUGGUUAUACCUACCGGCGAAAGUAA